CAAGUCAGCCCUGAAGACCAUGAACUUAUCCUUUGAGCGCUGCAACAUAUCUGACUGGUUGAAACUGGAGGCCACGGUGAAGGCCUCUGUGUACGUGGUGGCUUUCUCCAUCGCCACAUCCAUCACCGUUGUCAUUAUCGCAAUAGUGUCACAGGAUCUGCAGCUGAGGAAAGAGGUCCGACUGGUCCUCCUCUGUCAUCACCUGCUGUGCAUCUCUUCAUACUGUGGCCUGGGGGUUGUCUUCCAAGGAAUGCGGGCCUUGCUGGCCAACAGCCCCCUGCUGCUGUGCUGGCUGGUAUUUGGGGCACAGCUAAGUGUGGGAGAAGGGAUCCUCCUUACUCUGGCCUUGAUGGCGCUCAACACUUACCUGGCCAUUUGUUAUCCCCUGAACUCUCCAUCCUUUGUAGAGUCUGCCAAGUACAGGAUUCUGACUGGAACCUGGACCGCUGUUCUACUCAAGAAUAUUGGCAUAUUCCUCCUAGAGGCCACUAGCCCUCCUCCAGCCUCUGUUUUCCAGUCUGCCCCGCUCUGUCCUGUCAUCUUGAACGGUACGCCUGCCAGAGUCAUCGGCAUGCUUUUCCUUGCCCUUCCUUUAUCUGUCAUCCUUGUGUGUUACUGUCUGAUAUACCGAGAAGGGAAGCGGGCUGGCCAUUUUAACAGAUCCAACAUCAGGGCCAGGAGAACUGUCCUCGUUCAUCUAUUGCAGAUAAGCUUACACGUCAUCCCCACGUUCAUAGUCAUAGGUUUGGGAAAGCGGUGUGGGGUGUUUUUCUUUACUCUAAAUCUGGUGCUUUUUGGUGUCUUUGCAUUUGCACAGUGUUUCAACCCUCUGGUGUAUGGGCUAUGCAGCAGAGACCUGCAGAGAAAACUCUACCCUUGGCUGUGCUGUCAGAAGAACCAGCAGGGGGCUGGCUUAAACAAAGAUUUAGCUCUUCCUAGUAACUCCAGACUUAAUAGGGGUGUGAGGGCUGAGGACUUGCCUUGCAUUCAGCCCCAAACUGUUGCUGUGCUUUGAUUUUGAAAGCAGUGAGACUUCUCAACUGCAACCUUGGUGAGGUCAGCUAGUGCCUUUGACACUAAACCCAGAUGAGCACUUUCUGAUCAGCCUGAAUAUGACAGCCGAAAGGGGCGAAUCUAGGAGUCACAUGAUAAUGGAGUCACUGGAAAGACUGGGUAAACAGAAGUCAGGGUCCUGCAGACUGGUGGCAUGUCAAGGUAGGCCAAGAGUCUAAGAGCCGUAAGCUCUGGGCACUCCCAUCUUGACAACUUUGUUCUGUCAGUAGAAAGAGCAACAAGAUGGCUUCUACCCACAUGCU